AUGAAUAAGUCCUCAACAGCUUGGAAGCUCCUUGGCAGCCUUACUCAACCUCAGUUGUCAGGAACAUCCAUUGACUCAACAGGAGUCCUCUUCUUAUCCAUUGGUGGCUUACAUCUUUAUCCAUGGGAGCCUGUUGCCUCACUUGUUAGGAAGACAACUUUAACUAGCAAAAUACACUUUUCAAUUACUGAAGAUAGCACCUUCAAAAAUGAUUACCAAUCUGUGAUAAGAAGUCUUCUGUACUUAACAUACUGUGUUCCUUUUGAACAAUUCCCAAUAAACUUUAGAAUCAACGGCACAGCCUUUUCUUUUCGUAUAACUUAUACUCAGUGGAAGCUGGCUAAAUAUGUGUACUUUAGACAAGACAAAGAAGCUUGUCACCUUUAUCCACUCCAGUUUAUUGUGGCUGUUGCACAGAAACGACAACUUGAAAAUGAAGGACAAGUAUCAUUUGGUUUUAAAAAAGAAACUGGAAAAGAAAAUCAUGACUCAAGUAAGAAUGUUCAUCCUGAAGAACCUAAAAACAACGGUUCAUGCAAGAUAAGAAAGUUAGAACCUUUGGUUAACAAGGAAGAUCAUGAUGAAAUAGACAGAGCACAAGACAAGGUUCAAAAAUGGAUUCAUAGCCUUCAGCUGAACAACAAAAUGUCAUUAAAUGAGUCUAAUUAUGACAGUUGUGAAGAAGGAACAACAUUAAGUAACGAAAGAGAACAGGUUCUUUCUCAAUCAAAACCAGAGAAUAUAAGUAUAAAAUACAGAGAAGUCCCACAAAGACAAGUAGAUAGAGCCGAGAGAGACCUUGAACUUUUGGAAGAAGACAUGAAGUUACAAACACUGGCUUGUUCAACAGACCUGUAUCCUCAGCAGUUUCAGUCUUCUCCAGUUUCAUCUGCUCAGAUGGGUUUUAUGAAGCCUAUUGUCAGAGCUUUAACAACACCUUUGAAAAUACUGACAACAUGGCAGAAGUGAAGACAACUAGAUGACAUUAUUAUGAAGAUAACUAUUUGAAAUAUAGAGGUGUGUUGUAGUUUAUACUGGCAUAGCAUUAUGAAAGCUGAACUCCUUGCCCAAGGAGGUCUGGAAAUCAUCUGUUGAUUAACAAAUUGAAAUCGCUUCCCUUUUAUAGCAUAUCCAUUGAAAUUACUUAAUUUAACAUAACUUUCAGUUGAGUAGUUUAGUGAAAAGAAAUAAAAUGUUUUGCUCAUCUCUUGAAUACUUUUAAUGUAGUUUAAUUAACGUUCAGUAGAUGGAGACAGCCGUAACGUGAUCCAAUAUUUGAUACACUAACUAUGAUAUUCAUUCAGAACAUACGAGUAUAUCACGUCUUUAAAUGAAGGUAUUUACGCCAUGUCGAACAGAUACUUCUGCUUUUAUAAUCAAAUGUGGUUAAUAUUGUUCUUCUACGUAUCUGAUAGCCUAAGAAUUUCGUUUGAAAGCUCAUUGUCUA